GGGAGGGGGUGUCUGCUUCUCUCCCCAGCCUUGCUUGGAACUUGGAGUUGGGGGACUAGGGAAGGGUCCCCUCCUAGGGCCACAGGGCCUCCCCACCUCCCCAGAGGCUAUCCCAACCUCAGCUCCCCAGGGACCCUCUGUUCAGCCUCUGCUGCAGGCAUGGUAUCCACACCCGACCCUUCCCACGACCUUGUGUACAGAGCCCCUCGUCCCCCAGGAUGCUGUCCCAGGACCUGGACCACCUAAGCCACCAGAAUUUUCCUUUUCAUGGCCCUGCUGACACCUGCUUCAGUACAGCUGAAGCCCUAGGCCCUGUGGCUCUUCGCACCUGUCUACACCUCUUCCCCUUCCAGGAUGGUGUCUGCCGGCUAUUCUGGGGCCCAGACUCCCUUUGUCCACACCCCCGGGUGGCUCUGCAACAUGCCCCGCGUUGUCCUGCCCACGAAGGAGCCUGGCCAUUCGAAGGCAGGGUCCCUGAUGGGUUGAGGUUGAAGUCCCAGAAGCCCAGCGCCUCCCUGCCCCCACCCCUUUCCUGGAAGCCCUAAGCUGUGUCACCACUAGCAGGUGUCAGCUGCCCCGCCCCUCUUCCCUCCUUAAAAGGGUCGCUCUCCAGAGGCCUCCCAGGGUCAGAGCGCCGCUGCGCGACCAGCACACCCGUGUGGGGCUCCGACGCCAAGGACAGGACGUGGGGAUCCAGGUUCUGUCUCCCCUUCUGGCGUGGUGUGGCCUGGACUCGGCCUCGGUUUUCCCCCCCCGGGGGAGUGGGGACUGGCGCUGAAGCGCGAGUCGGGAGGGGGCGGGGCCGCACUCCAGACGGGCCGCUUCGCCCAGGGGUUUCAAGGACCACUCCCGGCCCCACCCCACGAUGACUUCCCACGUCCUCCUGUUGCUUCUCGCCUCCUCCAUCCUGGGGGACCCGGACUCUGCGGGCAGACGGCCCCUGCAUCAGGUCGCCCAGAACCGCAGGCGCCUCUGUUCCCUGGGCACAUGCCAGACGCACCGCCUGCCAGAGAUUAUAUACUGGCUCAGCUCUGCCUCCACCAAAGAGCUCUCAGGGAAGGCCGGCCGCGAGCCCCAGGACCCCCACAGCUACGGGCGCCGCCGUAAGCGCGACGCCAGAGUCCUGCUCCGUCUCUAUGACCCUGGCCCGAAGAAAAGAGGCCAGCGCAGUGCCCGGCUGGCUGGGUGACGUCGGGCACGUCCCUGUUUCUCCUCUGGCCUCAGCUUACCUACCUGUGUAUUGGGGCCACGAUCCCAAGUUUCUUUUGCCCUCCAUCUCCUGGGCUCACUCAGAAACUGUCUCCCCCCGGUUGUGACUGGGCUGGACCCGGUGCACGCCGGACCUAGCAUGUACAAAGAAUACUAUCGGCCAGAGCCUAAUAAAACGAGUUUCACGUUUCA